AUGAUUUCUACAACGACUCAAGCAAGUCAGCGUCAUACGCUCCACACAAAUUUAUUUGAUUCAUCAUUAUAUCAAGUUAGUGAGCCUCCAAAGGGUGUUUUCAAGCCAAGUAGGUUACAAUACAAUAGCAAACCUAGGCCAAACAUUAAAUCUAAUAGAGAAUUAUUAAAUGAUUAUAUUAUAAAACUAAAAUCAAAAAUCAGUAGUCUACUAUCAGAUGAUAUGAAGAAGUAUAUGCCGGAUCUAGAUUUAGAUGUUACAGUAUUAUGUUUAUUCUGGUAUGUAUUAUCAUCUAUUUCCAGUAAUUUAACUAAGGCUGUCCUUCGAAGAUUUCCUCAUCCUGUCGCAUUAACUGAAUUACAAUUCCUUCUCAGUGCAUCAUUAUGUGUCUCCUUUGUUACUCUUAUAAAUUAUAUCCAGAAACCACAAAUUAGAACCACGAAAAUUGCUAAAGCUUUAAUGAAUUUUCCAGAUGGUAUAUUACCAACUUAUUUGAAUGGUGAUUUUAAGGCACAAGUUAUUGGUAAGUUUUUAUCCCCCUACAAAUUAAUUAUUUUAACUACUUUUCCAAUGGGUAUCUUCCAAUUUGUAGGCCAUAUUGCUUCUCAUAACGCUACAGCUGUCAUUCCAGUUUCUUUAGUUCAAUCUGUUAAAGCUCUCUCUCCAUUGAUGACAGUAUUAUAUUAUAAAGUAUUGGAGAAUAAAGUUUACAAUCCAAUGACUUAUUAUACACUUCUUCUACUAGUGUUAGGUGUUAUAGUCACUUGCUUUUCAACUUCAAGUAAGAAAGCUUCUAAAAUUUCUGUAUCAUCAAGCUCAAAGUUUAGUGGCUUAGUUUAUGCCUUUGUUGCAAUGAUAAUAUUUGUUUCACAAAAUAUUUUUGCUAAGAACAUAUUAUCUGUUAAACAAAGUAAAAGUAUACUACCAUCGGGGAAAAAAAACGAAACUCAUUCAGAUGAUAAAUCUAUCUCACCAACCCAUUUAGAUAAGAUAACUAUCUUGUUUUAUUGUUCAUGUAUGGGUUUCUUAAUGACUCUUCCAUUAUUUUUAACAAGCGAGUUAACUUGUGAAAGAAGUAUUUUCCAUGAUUUAACAGGAAGGGUUUUUAUCCUAAUUGUAUCACAUGCAUUAUCUCAUUUUAUUCAAGCAUUAUUAGCCUUUCAAUUAAUUGGCAUGCUGUCCUCUGUUAACUAUUCUGUCGCCAAUAUUAUGAAGCGGAUUGUUAUUAUCUCUGUUUCACUAGUUUGGGAGUCAAAACUGAAUGUUAUGCAAAUUAUUGGUUUAUCAUUAACCAUGUGUGGUUUAUAUGGCUAUGAUAGAUGGGGCGUUCAAAGAAAAAAUUCGCAUACACAUGAUAUUUAA